AUGCUCCACAUCUUUAAAUGCAUAGUUAGCCAAAAAGAUAGACCUGAUUCCGCCAGCUGCCUCCCAGGCUGCAACCAGAUGUACCAUAACGUGCUUGAGCUGGAGAUGUGUUUAUAUUCCUCGGACCACCUCACCUACCGCUUCCAGUGCUGGGACUUCGUGCACCUGGGCGCCGUGGGGGAGACCGUGCUGCACCUGUGUGUCCUGAACGCGACUUCAGUGCACAACGAUCUUGCAAAGCGCCUUAUUCGUCACUUCCCUAAUAUCAUCAAUGACAUUUACUUGUGCGACGAGUAUUACGAUCGACCAAGGGAGGAACCAGGCUGGGGUCGGAGAGCCAACGGCUGGAACAAUCCUGACCGCGAGAACGUUCUGCACAUCGCCAUCGUGAACGAGGACCCGGCCAUGGUCAAGUUCCUGCUGGACAACGGCGCCAACUACCACGAACGCUGCCUCGGAAACUUUAUGUGUCCGGAAGACCAGAAGUACUCUAGGGCCGAUUCGCUCGACCAUGAAUGGGUUGACCUCUGCCUCCCGACCAAUUACGAUGGAUACGUGUACUGGGGUGAAUAUCCGCUCAGCUUCGCCGCGUGUCUCGGACAAGAGGAAUGCUACCGACUCAUCUUGGCCAAGGGAGCCAAUCCUGACAUGCAAGACACGAACGGCAAUACUGUUGCACACAUGAUGGUCAUAUACGACAAAAUGGACAUGUUCGACAUGGUGUUUGAGGCAGGCGCAAGUAUCAGCAUCAGAAACCGACAAGGGUUAAUUCCCAUGACACUUGCGGCCAUUCUUGCCCAUCGCGACAUCUUCUUCCACAUCUUAAACAUCGAGAGGGAAAUAUAUUGGCAGAUUGGAAACAUCACUUGUGCUGCCUAUCCUCUCGAUUACCUGGACACCAUCAGCUGCGACACGGGAGAAACGCAGACAAAAUCCGCCCUUAAUCUUAUAGCUUAUGGGAACAAAGAGGCUCACUUGGAUCUGAUGGAAGGCCCGAUCGUCGAUCUCCUGAAGACUAAAUGGGAGGCCUUCGUCAAAAAAAAAUUCAACAACCUGUUCUUCGUGUUCCUGGGCUACUUCCUGAUAUCCAUGGGCGCAUACGUGAACCGCCCCGUGCCCUGCACCUCCUCGGCCACUGCGAUGGCCACCAAGAAGCCCCUGGCCAUCAUGGAGCUCAAGGGAUACGGCAUCACCUGCGUCAACGUGACGGUGGCGCUCGCGCCCAACGUCACCGUCGAGGACCCUACGGUGCGGUAG